GUGUUGUCAGCACAUGUCGUCUUGUUAUGCAGUGCCUGAAGCGCUGGAUGUCCCUGCAUGGCGAAGCGAGCCCUGGCGAGACAUGGCAUGUCAGCAAAGUGUGAAUCAAGUUCUUCACGAAUGGAUUGAUCUGAUGUCUCAAAGUCAUUAUCCAGCAUCACAGUGCGCUACCCGUCUUGCUACAUUAGUAAGGCCCAUUGCGCAGGGGAAUGUGUUUUUUUCUUCUCUUCUGGCACCAGGAAAAUGCACAUGCAGUCUAGCACAGUACUGUUUCCUUUUGCCGACUGGUAUUUGCCUUCUGACUGCACGUGCAUGCAACCUCGCAGGGUGGGACCAGGGAGCCGACUGGGGGGCUUCAUCGGCAACCUCCAGAGUCCCUGGUAGUGCUGGUGCCAGCACGCCAGCAAUUAACGUAGUUGUGGUGGGUUUGGCGAAGGGCAAGAGACAAGCCAACUACCGUGGUAGGGCGAAAUGAUAACCAAAGCACACCCUGGGUCAACCGCCAUGUGGACAGCCCAGCCUGGUCGUCUGCCAAGCAAGCUAGACCUGCAACCCUGGCCCCGAGUUGUGGAGUCAGCAUCAACAAGUCAUGCACCGUGCUGCUGCCAGCAGCCAUUCAGUUGUAGGCAAUUUUGCGUGGCAUGUCGAUCGUUGCGUACACAAGGCGAGCAUUGCGAUCCGUGGCCGCGAGCAUGGGCUCAUUCUGCAGCGUGCGACUGUGCGAUCCACCAGUAGGCGCCACACCAUGGCAGUCGGCGUGAGAGUGAACGAGCCGUUGCCCACGGACG